CAAUCCCACUUCGCGUUCAAAAUUCAAAAUCUCAAGCAGACCAUUCUUCUUCCUCCAGCCAAGUGGACUCAGAGGUAGCCAUGAGGAAGGCGCCCGCAGCGGCCUCCAAGCCCAAGCCCAGGGCGAGGGCGAGGGCGAGGGCGAGGGCCAAGCCCAAGGCGAAGACCAGCCCCGACUCCCUCUCCAGCGUCUCGUCGCCGUCCGGCAGCGGCGCGUCUCCCGUCGCCGUCCGCCGCGGCCUCCUCUCGCCCUCCUCGCCGGUGACGCCCAAGACCAUACCCCCCGUCUCCCCGUUCGCCAUGUCCACACCGGCCUCCGUGUCCACCGUCGGCGACCUGAGGAGCCUCGCCGCUUCGAGCCUCGACUCGCUCAAGCGCCGCCUCGACGCGCUCCACGGCGACUCCGCCCGUGACCUCCAGGCCUCCCACUCCCGAAUCUCCAAGCGCAUCAAGAUGCAGACGCAGAGCUGCCUGCAGAUGGCGGAGGAGGCGGAGAAGGAGCAUAAGAAGAUGGCCGAGAAGAUCUCCGAGCGCGCCGAGGAGAUGAAGGCAUCGUACAAGAAGUUCGUGACGGAGGUGCAGUCGUCUUCGUGUCGUGUGUCCAAGGUGACCUUCCCUGAGAUGGCAAAGUCCGUGACCAGAGCUAUCGACGGCUUGCGCAGUCGCUACAACAUCCCAGCUACGACAGCUUAGCAUACAGUUCAGUUCAGGCUGUGUCUGCUACCUCUCUGAGUUGGUACAUUCCCUUCUCCAGAUCAAACCUGGCUGCUGAAUUCCUGGACCCGUGGCAGCAGAAAACUCACGCGUUUGUAAUAUAACUGCUACAUUUACAUCGCACACUUUUUGCUACAGUCUCUUCGUCAGCAACGUUAAAACCCCUUACGUUCACUCCAAUAUAUGGGUCUCGUUUCUGUUUCAUGCCAUUGCAUGUGUGCGUUACCACUAUCGCUAUUAUUACAGAUACUAUAACUUGUAAGGAUCACAACACUGCAGAUCUGAAACUCAGUUCACGAUGCCGUAUUUGUUUUCAGAGGGAAAACCCGUGUAUCUGAAUGGUGCUUCUAAAGAUUGUUUAUACCUUGCACUCUA